AUGAGUAAGAAAAACAAUAAAGGCACCAAACGAAAAGCGCACGAAUUCGACCUCCAGCGAGAAAAGGCAGAGGCGGAGAAGCGCGCGUCUAAGCUUGCCAAGAAGCAUCAGGCAGGCGUCAAGAAGCUGAAGAAGAACAAGGGUGUACGCAUCCGGAAAGGCGUUGUCAUCAAGGGCAUCAAGGUGGUGGACGCGGAGUCGAAAGCCAAGGUCAAGUCUGUCCUUGCCAAGGCGGCUAAAGCAAGGGCAAAGGCCAAGAUGGACAUUGAUGACGCGGCGGCGCAACCUGUAAAACGGACCAAGAAGGCCAGGGCCAGCAGCAAAAACUCACGUGACAAGGACACGAUGGAUGUGCAAUAA